AUGGCACAGGAUGAUAGUAGUGAAUGGGAACAAUCAGUUACAGAGGAUGGAAAGAAGUACUAUUAUAAUAGGAUAACACGUCAAUCAUUAUGGACAUUGCCAACUUCUAGUGUUGAUGUUGGAAAAGGUGCUGUCUCUGAUGAUUCUAAUGAUGAUGAUGUGUCAUCAUUGCCAACAGACUGGAUAGAGCACAUUGAUCCCAGCACAGGUAAACGAUACUACUACAACAAAGAGACCAACCAAACAACAUGGGAGAGACCAUCAUCAUCUUCUCGAGAAGACAUAGACGACACAAACACAAACAACAAAGACAAAGACAAAGACAAGGACACAGAAGACACAAGAUGGAUGGAUGACCCAAAGAUCAAGUUCAAGACAAUGUUAAAGGAACUCAAUGUUACAAAGGAGAUGACGUUCGAGAUGUUACAACCAUUCAUUAUUAAGGAUAUACGUUAUCAGGUGUUGCCGACGUUGGAAGAGAGACGAAUGGUCUUCCAGGAGUAUGUUGACGAGUUGCAGAGUUUGGCAGAUGGCCAGAGGUCUGCAGUGGACAAGGCAAUACGCAUGAGAUUCAUGGACAUGUUGGACGAGUGCCAUGAGUCAAUCAACCGAGAUAUGCCAUGGGAGCGCGUGCAGCUCUACUUUGGCGGCGACGAUGUGUGGGAGAGCAUCGAGGAGGAGAGCGAGCGACAACGACUCUUCCAACUGCACUUCAGGAGACAUGACCAGGCCGCAAGGGACCGAGCCGAGCAGACCAAGAAUCAAAGGUUGGACAAGAUACUAUGCAUGUUCCAAGCGGACCCGAGCAUUGACGCCUCAUCGCAAUGGAGACAAGUCAAGGAUCACUAUGAGCACGACCCAAUCAUACAACAAGCUGACAUGUUUGAUGUGUUGGACUUGUUUGGACGUCAUAUCACCUCUUUACAACUUCGCGAGGAAGCCAACGUGCGGAGACGACGCGACGAGCAAAAGCAACGGGAGAGAGCUGAUCGCGAUGCAUUCAGGGCAUUCCUCAAUGAGUGUGGACAGGGUGGGCAACUGAAUGCCGGCACCAAAUGGCGACACUUUUCCAAGCAGUAUGCAUCACAUCCUGCACUGGCUGCAUUGAAAUCAGAGAUUGCCGAAGAGAUAUUCGAAGACUAUCGAGAGGAACUUGAAGAGCGAUAUUCAAAGGAUUUCAAAUUGUUAAAGUCCAUUGUCAAGCAAGUCAACUUCAAUCUACAACAACCUAUUGAUGGCCAGCACACAACAACAACAACAACAUUGGAUAACAUGAUACAAAUUAUAUCCAAACAUGAUGACUUUAACAAAGUGUUAUCAUCCAACAUUCCUCCAUUCUUUAGAUAUGUAAGUUUAUCCAUUAUC